AUGGGUCGUGCAAAAGUAAUUUUGAAACCAAUCGAAAAGAAGAAUGCUCGUAGAUUGACUUUCAGUCAAAGAAAGAAGGGACUUAUUAAGAAAGUUUCUGACUUUCACAAAUUUUGUGGAAACGAAGCAUGCUUAAUUGUGUAUGAUGGUGAUGGUACUGGUGAACCUGAGGUUUGGCCUCCAGAACCUUCAAAAGUGCACUCAAUCCUUGAGAAGUAUGAGCACCAAAGGAGUAGCAAAGAUAGACCUGCUACUAAGACAUUUGAUCUGGAAAAUUUCUUUGACAAUAGGAAAGUGAUGGUUGAAGCUGAGAUUGCUAGAGUGAAGAAGGAGAUUUUUAAGAUGAAAUAUCCAACUUGGGAUCCAUGUUUCAAUGAGCUGACAAUGGAGCAACUGAGUUUCUUCAUGGCUAAGCUGAGUGCAAAGAUAGAAGCUUGUGAUCAUAGGAUUGAUAUGUUGAAGAAGGAGCGUCAAAGCGAAGCCGUUGUUACUGCUUUCGAUAACAUGCAAAACAUGGCUCAGGAGAGUGCUGAAACCUCAAAUCAUAGCCAACUUAAUUCCAUGUUGAACAUCUCUGAAGGACAACUUGUACGUGCUUCUUCUAUGAAGUCACUAAAUGAUAAUAAUGUGAUGGUGGAUUCAACUUAUCAAGUAGAUGCUACAACUGCCACCAGCUUCGGUAGCGUGCAAAACAUGGCUCAAGAGAGUGCUGAAUCCUCAAAUCCAAGCCAACUUAAUUCCAUGGUGAACAUCUCUCACGACCAACUUGUCCCUGCUCCUAUGAAGCCACUUAAUGAUAAUAGUGUCAUGGUGGAUCCAACUAAUGAAGUAGAUACUACGGAAGUCGUCGCCUUCAGUAGCAUGCAAAACAUGGCUCAGAAAAGUGUUGAAUCCUCAAAUCCUUGCCAACUGAAUUCCAUGUUGAAUAACAUCCCUCAAGGCCAACUUGUUUCUGCUCCAACGAAGAAGCCACUAAGUGAUAAUAGUGGGAUGGUGGAUUCCACUGUUGAAGUAAAUGUGCCUCUAGAUUCAACAGACCCACUUGAUGAUGUGGAUUGGGUUGAACUAGGGCCUAUGAAUUGGUGUAAUGGUUCUACUAACUAUCAAAGUGAUCUUAUGUUUCGAGCCAGCCAACUCGAUGAGUCUAUCUUUCAGAAUAUGCCAUUUUAG